AUGAUUAGUUUUGAAGGAUUAGAAAAGAGAAGGUUGAAUGAGGGACAAAAAGACGUUGUAAGUGAAAAUAUUUCUGAGAUACCCUUUACAAAUUUACUUACUUACAAUGAAUUUCUUAGAUUUAAUGAAAUGGAUUCAAAAGAAAGAAGUAUAACUAGAACUGAGUAUAAUAAUUAUGUAACAAAUUUUCUAUUAGAAAAUCUUUAUAAGGUUUACAGUAACAAUGAGAAAUUUACUUGGUUUAUAGACAGGUAUAUUAAGGGAAUUUUUAAAUUAAAAAACGAAGAAUUGAAAGAAAAAUCAAAUAUUUUUUGUUUACCUCACCUUACAAAUGAGGAAUACGACAAGUAUUUGUCUAAAGGGUACAUGAUAUUCUUUAAUUAUUUUAAUAAUGAUUUAGUGAUUGAAAAAGAUGCUUAUUUCUAUUCAACAGAAUCAUCUAUUAGAACAACUACUAAAAUUUCUAUGAAUGAAUAUCAAGAAUAUUAUUUCUUGAGUGUUUACUGGUUGAAGAGAUUAUACAAUUCAUUAUGUAAAUUAUAUGGAGGAAAUGAAAGAAAUGACUUACCUGAUGAUGAUAAAGAAUUAACAAAAAUGUUAAGAAAUGAUUUUUACUUUUGUACUACUUGUUGUAUUAAGUAUGAUCAAAAGAUAUUUAUGGAUGAUUUUUGUUCAAGACACUUUCCAGGGAAUUUUAAUUUUAGAAGAAUUUAUUUAAUUUGUGAGAUAGCAAAUGUAAAUAAAAUUGAUUUAUUUGACUACAUGAAGAUUGAAGACUUGGUGAUUAAAAGAUAUGUUAAUAAGGCUGAACUUGAAUGUAGAGAAUGCUUUAAAAAAUUCAUUAACUUUGAUAUGAUCACAGAACAUAUUAAAAGUAAACAUUUAAACAUUAGAGAGGAAAUAGAAUGUGAAUACCAAAAAUGGAAUAAUUUUAUAGAGAAUAUGGAUUUAACAAUUUUAUAUGCACCUUGUAAAUUAAAUAAUAAAUACAUGCAUCCUCUACUGAAAAAAUCUAGAGAAGUUAAUCCAAUUAACUAUAAAGAUCUAACCAGUAAGAACCAAUGA